UGAUUUUUGCUGUUGUUGCUGUAUAGCUUAUAUGGCCAUAUAUAAAAUUUAUUCGUUUACUUUUUUAAAUUUUCUUUCUUUUUUAAUUUUGAGUUGUAUAUAAAUUAGGGCUUAAAAUUAAUAAGAAAAAUUUAUAAAUCUUAUUGGGUUUCAUUUCAAGUAUUCUUUGCUCCUUAUGUUUUAGUUUUUACUUCUAUAACGCCUUUCGCUUGUAUCAUUUCGAUUUAAAUUUCUUGCUGUGGUUUUGUAAAUGCGUUUUCAACAGAUUUCGCUGCGACUUAAACUUUGUUAAAGCCUUAGCUUUUUAAUCAAUUGUGUAUCGAUAAUUAAAUGACAUUCACCCAUACCGAUACUUUAUUAAAAUCACUUUUGACAGUAGGACGUUUUCCAUUCAAUUUAAGGACUUGAAAUACAAGACAAAAUGCUACGCUCCGCUGCUGCACUGGUAAAAAAAACACAUAAUGUGCUGGUCCGCACCACUGGAUCUCCUAGUGUUUUAUUUGGAGCUAAUGGAGCUUUUGGACCAGCAAUCAAUACAUUGGCUUUGCGGCAGCAGCAGACCAUGCCGGUAGUAGACCCGAAUAAUCCACUUCCAAAGAAAAGCCCUUCUGCGUUUGGUAGAAAUCAACCGAAUAUGGUGGAAUGGUCAAUCGCACGAUUGGAUGAUAUAUUGAAUUGGGGACGCAAAGGUUCCAUAUGGCCUUUGUCUUUCGGAUUAGCCUGUUGUGCUGUUGAAAUGAUGCACAUAGCUGCACCACGUUACGACAUGGAUCGUUAUGGUGUUCUGUUUCGAGCAUCCCCCCGUCAAGCAGAUGUGAUAAUUAUCGCUGGUACCCUUACUAACAAAAUGGCUCCAGCACUUCGUAAGCUUUACGAUCAAAUGCCUGAGCCACGUUGGGUUAUUUCCAUGGGUAGCUGUGCUAACGGAGGUGGAUAUUACCACUAUUCAUAUUCUGUAGUUCGAGGAUGUGACCGUAUUAUACCGGUAGAUAUAUAUGUACCGGGAUGCCCACCAACGGCUGAAGCGCUCAUGUACGGUAUCCUCCAGUUACAGAAGAAAGUAAAGCGCAUGAAGACAUUGCAAAUGUGGUACAGAAAGUAAAAAUGGCGUAGUAUAUUUAGUGAAAAUUUCACGAGUAAAAGAAAGUCUUACUCUAGUUGUUUGCAUUUCAAAUUUUAAAAAUGAAACUAUUGUAUAUACA